AUGGCGGUGGUGGGCAAAGAGCGGUUGGACUCGCUGCAGUGCGGCGAGACAGGCCAGGGCCUCGACGACCGAAUCACGGGCGGCGGUUAUUUGGACGAGGUUCAAGUGGUUGCGGUGAUGGACCACGGCCAGCAAUCUGAGGCGUUUGAUUUGGGUGCCGUCUCUGUGGCCUUCGCCGGUCCCAGGAGGACCGCCGAUGACCUUAUCUGCCUUCUGGCAAGGCGCCUUUCGCCCAAGCGCCUGGUGGUCGUGGCCAGCAGCGACCGCGAGUUGAGGCAAAGAUCGGAAUCCUCGCCGGAGACGCCAAAGCAGCAGCUCCGGCGCAUCCGCCGUGAACGAAGCGGAGGAUCUCGAGGAUUUGCGACAUGGGUUUCCUCGCUCGCGAGGGGCGAAUUCCAAGAGCUCCUCCGCGGCACGCCGGUGCCCCCACUGCCCGAGGGCCUCGCCUCUCUCCACGCGGAGGAGCAAAGCCAACGCCUGGACAGCCUGAAGAGAUCUUACGUCGAACCCAGGGAACGCCGCCGGCAAGCAGCCCGCAGGCUACAGGAAUGGUUCGCCACCAGGGCGAGGUUCAAGCGAGAGCAAGGGGAUGCUCGGCAAGAAGCCAGUACGGAAGAGCUCCAGAUGAAGCAGCUCUGUGCCGUUCUCACCGGCAUGCAGGUCUCGCACAACUACGAGCAGGGCCAGCAGCUGUUGCAGAAUCGAGACUUCAGCACCAAGUCUGCCUUCUUCCAGACCGUGCUGGAGAUAGGACGGCGGUACAAGAUCUUGAACCCAGAGCGCAUGCGCGAUUCAUAUGGGAAGCUGAUGUAUUUCCUCCAGGACUCCAGAAAACCCGAGGUUCGCGAUCUUUUGGAGUUCGACGUCGUGUCGCCCGUGCGAUCUGUGUGGCACGUCCUCAGCCGAUCUCCGAAGGGGACGCAGCUGCUUCAGGACCCAUGGAUUGGUUUGCAAAGAUGUGGAUCCAUUUCGACUGAAGCAUCCAAUGCACCAGGCAAAGACAUCGUCUCGAUUCUGAAUUAA